AUGGGAAGGGGAGAGGGCAAGAACCCCAAAAAUGGGGGGGGGGACACGAAUUCUGGGAGGGGAGGGGACAAGGACACCGAGCCGGAGGGGGGACCCAAGGGGAAGGACACCCCGUGGGACCCCGGGGUGCGGCUGUCCAAGGCCCUGAGCUACGUCCUGCGCCACGGGGCCGAGGCCGAGGGGCUGCCCAUGGGCCCGGAUGGAUUUGUUGAGGUGGGGGCUCUGCUGCGGCUGCGGCGCUUCGCGGGGGUCUCGGAGAGCGACGUGCGCAGGGUGGUGGCCGCUGACCCCAAGGGUCGCUUCACCCUCCGGCCGGACCCCCUGAGGGUCAGGGCCAACCAGGGGCACUCCCUGCCGGUGCCGGAUCUGGAGCUGACGCCCCUGCGCACCCCCGAGGCGCUGCCCCCGACCCUCGCGCACGGCACCCGGCGCCGCCUGUGGGGCCCGAUCCGGGCGGGGGGGCUGCGCCCCAUGGGGCGGCAACACCUGCACCUGGCGGGGGGGCUGCCGGGGGACCCCGGCGUGCGCAGCGGGAUGAGGUCGGACUCGGAGAUCGCCAUCAUCAUCGACGGCCCCCGGGCUCUGGCGGACGGGAUCCCCUUUUUCCGCUCGGCCAAUGGGGUGAUCCUGACGCCGGGGGACGCCCAGGGCCGGAUCCCCCCCAAAUAUUUCCUGCGUGUUCUGCAGCUGCGGCCGCACCGGUGUGAACUGCCCCUGGACGGACCCUGGGACGAGGGAUGGGGAGAGACCCCCGGAUGAGGAUUUGGGGGGGGUCUCAGCCCCCUUCCCCCCUGCACAAGGAUUUGGGGGUCCGACCUCUCCCCCAUAAGGAUUUGGGGGGGGGUCUGAGCCCCCCAGACCCCACAGACUCAAA